CUCACCCCAACCAAUCACACACCGCCUCACGAAAAGUCCAUAGUCCUCCCAAAGCAGACAACCCAACCCCGGACUUUAACGCCUUUCCCGAAACUGAAUUGGAUAAACCGGCUUCAAGUCCGCCACAAUAAACCAGAGUCUUCACCGAAGUCGGAGUCUUUAGCUCAAAGGAACAUGAAAACGUCACUGAUGAUGGCGCCACAGUAAAACCCACCUCUCAAUUCUCCGACUUGUCGUAUUGGGAUUGUUUUGGGUUUUUGGAUUGGUAUGGGUUCAGCUGCUAAGGAAGUGGAUUUGAUGACUCAAUGCAAGACCAAGUUGGGGUCUUUUCGAGUUAAGGAGCUCAAGGAUGUUCUGACCCAGCUGGGUCUUUCCAAGCAAGGGAGGAAGCAGGAUCUAAUUGACAGAAUCUUAGCAUCAGUUUCGGAUGAAGAAACAUCCAAUACACGCAGUCUGUCAAAGAAAAAAAACAUUGAGAAGAACGGAGUAGUGCAAAUAAUUGAUGAAGCUUACAGAAAGAUGCAGAGCACACCGUCGACAGAUUCUUCAACAAAGGAACCGAGUGGUUCAGAUAGUUGCAAUGUGAAGCCCCCUAUAAAGGAAGAAAAUUUGAAUGGUCCAGACGUGAAGACUUCUUGCCCCUGUAGAGGUUCAGUGUCAACUGAUUCAAUGAUACAGUGUGUAGGUCCAACAUGUCAAGUCCAGCAACAUAUUGGUUGCGUAGUUAUUCCUGAGAAAACAAAGGAUUGCAGUCCACCGCCUCUUUUCUACUGUGAAAUGUGUCGUCUCAAACGAGCAGAUCCUUACUGGGUGACUGUGGUGGAUCUAGUAUCUGCAGUGAAGUUAAGUGCUUCACAUAUCCCAAAAGAUGGUGCAAAUCCAACUCAGAAUGUUGAGAAAAAUUUUCAACUUUCCAGAGCCAAUAGAGAACUACUUCAACAUGAUGAAUAUGAUGUUCAGGCUUGGUGUAUACUUCUCAAUGAUAGUGUUUCAUUUAGGUUGCAUUGGCCUCAGUUUGCAGAACUACAAGUUAAUGGUAUGAGUGUUAGGGCAUUUAAUAGACCAGGACAUCAAUUGUUAGGUGCUAAUGGCCGUGAUGAUGGAGCAUUAAUCACAUUAUACAUUGGGGAGGGUAUCAAUAAGAUUUCAUUGUCAGGAUGUGAUAAUCGUGCUUUCUGUUUUGGUGUCAGACUGGUAAAACAACGAUCAUAUGAGCAGGUUCUCAACCUGAUUCCUAAAGAAGAAGAUGGUGAGCUUUUUGAGGAUGCACUUGCAAGGGUUCGUCGUUGCAUUGGUGGUGGGGCUGCUAUGGCACAUGACGAUAGUGAUAGUGAUUUAGAAGUGAUUUCAGAUUCAGUUUCCGUUAAUCUCCGCUGCCCUAUGAGUGGUUCUCGAAUGAAGGUAGCUGGCAGAUUCAAACCUUGUGCUCACAUGGGUUGCUUUGAUCUCGAAACUUUCGUGGAGCUAAACCAGCGAUCUAGGAAGUGGCAAUGCCCCAUAUGCCUCAAGAAUUACUCAUUGGAGGACAUCAUCAUUGACCGUUAUUUCAAUCGCAUCACAACUAUGAUGCGAAUUUGUGGGGAAGACAUAACAGAGGUCAAUGUGAAGCUAGAUGGUUCUUGGAGUGCAAAGACUAAAGGUGAGUUUAGCGACCUUGCUCAGUGGCACUUUCCCGAUGGAUCUCCAUAUGUUGGUAUGGAUAUGGGAACCACAGGCCAACCCAACCCAGAAUCAUGUUCAAACCAACACCAUAAGUUUAUGUAUAAUCAUGGUGGGAAUGAAGCUGGUAGACAUCUGGGUGACCCAUUGGAUAAAGAAUUUGAGGCUUUCGAGCAAAAGGUUAUAACAAUGAGCAGCAGUGACACUUCCUGUGGCAGAGAGGCUGAAGACAUUAUUAGGAAUCAGAAAAGCAGUGUUCAUAUAGAUGUCUCAGCAUGUGAUGACAACGAAGUCAAUUCAUUUUCUCCUAAUUUAAUUAUUCUCAGUGACUCGGAAGAUGAAACUGUCGACUUGGUUUCUCCAAGAGUUAUCAACAAUACUUAUCCAGUAAGUAGCAGUGCAUGCUCCCUGUCUGCACCUCCUGGCAUUUCAGACCCAUUUGAGUUUUUAAAUGGAAAUCGUAAUGACACUGGGAUGCUACAGUAUCCAUAUCCUACUGGUACUCAAGAAGAUCCUGGGUUCCAAUUUUUUGGUACAGAAUCAGAUCUCUCCGAUGCUUUUAUUGAUUUGGAGCAGACAUCAGUUGAUGGUUCUGCUACAAUGAAUGGUAACACAUUGGUUUCAGAUAAAAAUCUAAAACCAAGCGGACAUGUCUUAAACUCUUCUGUUUCCCAUACCAAUGGUGACUUGGCUAGCUUGGUUGAUAAUCGUUUGGGCUUUGUUAGUGAGGAGCCCUCAAUGCAAAGUUUUCUUCCAAGUCAUCCCUCUUGUUUGUUGGAGCAGUCUGAUUUUGGACGACAACCACCAGUCUCAAAUGGUAUUUCUAGUGAUUGGGUUGCUCUUAGCCUUGGUAUAGGUGAAAGUGUACCUAAUGGCGUUGAUGCAAACGCGGAACCUGCAGAUACAAAUGGACUACAGUUAACUAACCAAUGUGGAUCAAAUAAGGUAGCUUUAACUACGGAUAAAAACGAGGGAGCCAAAUCAAAGUCUAACAAAGCAAAUUCAAGGAAAUUUUCAGAUGGGCCUUUCUCCUUUCCCCGUCAGCCACGGUCUGUGCGACAGCGAGUGUGUCUGUCGGUAGAUUCCAAUUCUGACUAGACAAGGUUAUUGCAUAGGAUUAACAAACACCUUCAUUUUUGGAAGUUCAAGGUUUCAGUCAUGUGCAAAGCAUAUUUGUUGGAAGACCCUCUCAUCACAGAUUCACUCUGGUAAAUUCAUUUUGUUUUCUACUCUGGUGGUGGUUUGACUUGCUCCACUGGAACUAAUUGUGAACUGAAAUCGGCAUCGCAUAAUUCCUAUAAAUCCACCACUUGCUUAUAAACAGACGCAGUGGAAGCCUAACCUUUAUAACCAGCAAGCAGGUUCUCUUUUAGUGCCUACUGGACUAUCAAAGUUUAAUACUUGGUGUUUUAGAUGAUUUAGCUGCAAUGUAAAAGGAAUGAGUUUCAAUCUACAAGCAUGCAUGUAACAUUUGUACUUAUUAGUAGUUAGCGGGUUCCUGUUUCUUCUCAAUAUGGUUUAUUGACUGGAUAUACUGGAGGUGAGUGUACAUAGAAGAUUUUGGAUUUCCGUCCUGGCUGGCUACUUGGACUUGAGAUAAUCUAGCACAACAUUCGCCAAUUAUUAUUUAUAUUGCACAAGAUAAAUGAUUUUCGUCUGCGCUGACUUUAGACAGAGACGGGAGGAGAUGGGCACCGAGGUGAAGUGGGCUGAAAUAUCAUUAGACCAGUGUAACUGGUCUGUUCUAGUUACAGAUUAGUGCUAGUGUUCAGUGGUUAAGAGGAGAUAGUAUCCUGUACUUACCUGAAUAUGAUGUCCAAAUUUUUUGGGUAUUUUUAUAGUUUUAUUUGUAAACAUAUAUUUGAUAUGCAGCAUCAUUAUAAAGCCUCACCUGUCAUUGAUAUUC